GGAGACGUAGUGCGGCGCCUUCACCGUAUCUGAACGGAAUCGGAGCUGGCGAUGCCUGGAUUUGAUUUUCCAGCUAUUUUUAGUGCUUAAGCUGUGAAUGGCGCCUAAACAGGACCCUAAACCUAAAUUUCAAGAAGGUGAACGAGUGCUGUGUUUUCAUGGGCCGCUGCUAUACGAAGCUAAGUGUGUAAAAAUCAGUAUCAAGGACAAACAAGUCAAAUACUUCAUUCAUUAUAGUGGAUGGAAUAAGAACUGGGACGAAUGGGUUCCUGAAAGCCGUGUACUCAAAUAUGUGGACAGCAAUCUGCAGAAACAGAAAGAGCUUCAAAAGGCAAAUCAAGACCAUUAUGUUGAGGGAAGGAUGAGGGGAGUUGCACCGAAUAAGAAGAUAGCUGCUGUGCAGCAAAAAAAUGUUGAUGUGAAAACAAAAAAGAACAAACAAAAAACACCAGGAGCUGGAGAAGGCACCAGCACUGGAGAACUUCCUCACCCUCCACGCAAGAAGAGGGCACGCGUUGAUCCAACUGUGGAGAGUGAGGAGACCUUUAUCAAUCGUGUGGAAGUAAAGGUGAAGAUUCCUGAGGAGUUAAAGCCAUGGCUGGUUGAUGACUGGGACCUGAUCACGAGACAAAAGCAGCUAUUCCACCUGCCUGGAAAGAAGAAUGUAGACAUGAUCCUGGAGGACUAUGCAAGCUACAAGAAAUCAAGAGGAACCUCUGAUAACAAGGAGUAUGCUGUGAAUGAAGUUGUUGCUGGCAUCCAUGAAUACUUCAACGUUAUGUUGGGCACGCAGCUCCUCUACAAGUUCGAGAGGCCACAGUACGCAGAGAUCCUGGCGAACCACCCAGACACAUCAAUGUCGCAGAUUUAUGGAGCACCACACCUGCUGAGGCUUUUUGUGAGGAUUGGGGCGAUGCUGGCAUACACACCUCUGGAUGAGAAGAGCCUCGCUCUGCUGCUCAGUUACCUGCAAGAUUUCUUAAAGUAUUUGGUGAAAAAUUCAUCAUCUCUCUUCAACGCCAGUGACUACGAGGUUGCACCACCAGAGUACCACCGCAAGGCUGUGUGAACAGGACCAGUGAUGAUUUCUGGUGUUGACAUUUCGUUACUUUUUUUUUUUUUUUUCUCAACCCAUUUGUAAAGGAAACCCCCAAAAUCCAAUGAAAGCCCUAGAACAGUUUGGUUGACUGGAACGUGAAUCAAGACUGAUAACAGCCCAUUGGACAGGACUGGUACUGAGGCUUACUGGAAUGCUGCUCACUGUCCCCAUGUUGUGGAAAUAUAUUUGGGUUCAGAUAACACUGAUACUGUAUGGGUAAAGCAGAAUCAAGGUAAAUACUGCAGAAGACUUUCUAAAAAAAUAUAUUAUACAUACGUCUAUAGUAUGUUUGUUAAUAAAUUGUCCUUCUAAAA